GACGGAAGGUGUCGAAGAUAAGCCUUCGGGGGCAUCGUCGUCUGCUUCAGCUAUGACUGGCGCAGUCACCACCACGGAACAUCCCACUACAACGGCUAAGACGGGUCAUUCUGCGGAGGAUCACGCUAAUGCACAAGGUCAGUCCGUGACACCCGUCAAUCUGAUAUGUUCCUUGCCAUCAGGGAAAAGCGUCACCGUUAAAAUUCGAACCUCCGACUCUUCUGAGACUGAAGAAACUAGUCGCUGUUUAGCUUUCACAGAUACGAUUGCAGAUUUAGCCGCUCACGUAUAUAAAAAGCUAACGCAGGUGGACCCAGGUAUUUGCUUGAAAAAAAGUAGAGGGACUAAACGAAAACGUGCUGAAGAUAUCGAAGGCCCAGAAACAGAAUCUGCUACAACCAUAGUAGAGCGAGGGAACACAUCAGGUCAUGAAGCUGCAUCUUCUUCAACCGAUGUGCUUCUACAACCGCCAAUGGAACACCACGACGCACCCCGAGCGUCUAAAAGAAAGCGCUCUGCUGAUAUGGAGACAGGCGAAGAAGUACAGGAAGAACAGGAGCAGGACUCUCAAGAACUGCAUGAUGAGCCGUUGUUACCUACUCUCAAGCAUAUGGAGCAGUUGCAGUUUGCAAUCGGCAAGGAAUGUUUUCUCUACCCGACUGGUUUUGUGGAAGGUGACAGAAGACUCUGCGACGUUCUCAAUCAAGAAAGUGUGGACGUCACAAGAAGUAGCGGCUCCUCUAGUGGAAAGAACGGAGAACGCGGUAAUUGAUUUUAUAGAUUCAAUAAGAAACAAGUAGUCCAACAAAUGAUCAGAGUUCUAUUUUUUUUUUCGGUCGAUGAUGUAAGUAAAAUGUUGUACUAAAAAUCAAGAACGUUCAUCUUCAAACCUCUACUUUUUACCACGAUGUUGAAAUCGUGAUCAACAUUACUUAUACACCUAUUUUGAAGCUUUUCAUUCAUACAAAAAAAGGAAUUAUCCGCUAAAUCUCAACAACAGAAACUACAGUAAAAAACAAGGAUGCUUGUUGUGAAAAGUACGUCCGGACCUCUUUUCAACACACUACACCACGUAAAAACACUUCUCAACAGUAGAGGACGCUUAUUGCAGUUGCGGCAUCAUUAUCCUUGACGAAGUAAUAGCUCAGGAAUGGAAAAACUUCUUGUCGAAGUUUAACAGAUGGAUUCUCCAUGAGUCUGGACUAUAUUUUUGGGGUAGGUUCGAGCGAAACCUUCCACAACGACAUGAUUAUGUUGUGAGAAAUAGAUUCUUAAUUAACUUUGGGCUAGUUUUUAACUAUGAACUAUUUUACGUGGAGGACGAUGCUGAAGGGACACCCCCUUGAUUAAUUUAAUGGGAAAAUAUAUAGGCGUGAAGAAAAGGGGAACUCUUUCAGCCAGGCACAGUGAAAAAUUAGCGCUAGACCGGUGCGAUCGUGGAAGUAGAAAGUUUGGAACUAUGAUGAAGAAGUAGAAGUAGAAGAAACAGUUUUCAACAUAUCUUCGAUGCAAGAGUGGUUUACUAUUUACUUCUAGUUAGAAGGUGCUCCCCCACAACAUAUCGAUAUCCUGCAAGAUGAGUUCUCUAACAUAUCCUGCCCGAUGCACGGGCCGGAUUGAACCUCGCGCUUGAGUCCAAGCCGAUAUUUCUCGAAAUUUUACGGUCUGGACUAUGGUACUUUUUCCGGUACGCUGGAGAGAACCUCAAGAAGGAUAGGGAUGUGGUUCGCAGAUUAUGAGAAGUAAAUAAGAAUGGCACACAUUUAGAAUCCAAGAAGUAAGGCUGCUGUUGCCAUUUCUCUUCCCAAAGUGUAAUAAGCAAGAACGUUGAGUAGAGUUAGAGUGUUGUUGUAAUACUAAUAGACAAGUAGGUACGAGAACGACCACUCUGUCUAGUUUACAACGUGUAGAACCCGCGCAUGAAAAUAAUAUAUAGGUUACAACGUCUACAACUCUAAUAAAUUAUAAUAGAUGAUGGCGAUGAUUAUGAUUGGACAAAGUAGAAAUGUGCGACAAGAAUAGAUCCGGAGUUUUCUGGAGAUCCUCCAGAAAAAUUAACAGAGGCUUCAGAAAAGGUGCAGAAGGGAACGGACAGGCUCUGGCGAAGAGAAGAAUGGAUCAGGAGGAAGGUGGACCAAGAUCUACAGGCGACAAGGGCACCGCAAGCCUCCUCACUUCUCUCUCUUCCUCUCUCUCCCUCCUUCUUCUCUCAAAGGUUGCGGUUACGUGUAGAACCACAACUUUUCGUACGGUUGGGUGGUACUUUCAAGCGGAAGCUCUACUUCUAGUUGCGAGUUGUAGAGUGGUAGGGCAACCUCACGUCGAACGUCGGCAGGAGCUGAUGAUGGCGAAGUGCUCUUCGUGUUCGCGAGAUCUCUGCUGCUCUGCACGGUGCCAUACAUUUAGAAUCGAAGAACUUGCUCCGCUUGUCGUUUGGUUUUUCCUUCUCUGUGUAGAAAGAGGCGUAGAAGUNAUGUGCGCUUAGAUAGGUGGCUCUGCGAGCCCGCGCUAGCUUUUCUACAAGGCAGGCCACGUCCCUGCUCUUUGAAUUUGCUUGUAGCUUCGGGCCAUCUCCCCGAUUCAAGUCACGCGGCGGUGCACUUGUAGACAGUAGACAACAAAAAAAAAAAAGCUUCGAUUUGCAUCUGUUGA